GCAGAGUUUCAUAAUUUGUUACCUUUUUUUUAUUAACACGUGUUUUCCACUCGUGUUUGUGUCGUCUUCUGAAUUAUAGUACACACAGGAUUUAUAAAUAUUGACCUUUCGACUUAUAUUAUUAAUGUAUUAUAAUGACAAAUCUGAAUCAUAUUUAGUUUUGUACUUCAUGGACGCGCGCCCUUUCGUCUCUAGGUUAUGCUCGUUUUCUCACAUUGAUUUCCUCUAUUCGAAUAGAGGUUUUAACAGGGUUUGCGGUAUUUUAUUAUUUAAUUUGAAAAGCUCGUCGUUACAAGUGAGUAUCUGAAACUCUUAGGAUUGAGAGAGCGGUUUGUACAGUAGGCUAACGACUCGGGAUACCUUGUACAAUAGAAUAAAUGCCAACAUAUACCACUGAUGGUUAAAGCCCACUUUGUGGUUAAGAUAUAACGUCACCAAACGUAUACAAUUUACUAAUCGGUUUAGAUAGUUAUUAAAACUUAUGUUCUGACUCUCGAUUACAGGGUUGCAAUUGUAUUGCUUGGAUUACUUGUAUCAGUAAUGACAUACACAUUCGAUUUUUCAUCAAAGUAAUGUAAAGGUUGAAAAGCCGCCAAGGACGUUAUCAUUAUCAGAUGGUAUUAACAAAUCAUUUCCAUUUAUUACCUGAUUAAUCUUUCAAUUAUGGAUUAAUAAAUUUUGUGAGCAAAUUAAAUAAUGUUUUAAUUACGUUUGAUUGUACCAUUUGAACUGGCUCUCCACCAGGGACUCUGCUGAGUAGUCAAUAUAAAUCGAUAAUGGUGCGUAGAGCCUUGAGGACUGGGACGACAUCGAUCUAUUGGGCAUUUCCAAUAUUUUUCAUAGAUAAGCGUUUCCGUCCUGCAAUGAUCUUUCUCAAGAUAAAUAUAUACUUUCAUAAAUAAUUAUAAACAGGUCACAGACCUGAAGACAGAACCAUCUUGUGACGACUCCAGUUGUCACAGGGCGUGUUGAGAAAUACCAUUGCAGUACGGUUUAGAUAUGCAUAUAUCUUAUAGACUAGCACGGCGGUGGAAGGGCACGUGACUUGCAAGGGAUAUCAAGUAGUGAGGUACAAAGGCAAGACUCUUCUAAUGAUCUGUGUCCGUACUGAACUGAACGCUAUAGCUGUAGUCGAGGUCGGUGGACGAAGAUUGACAUGUACUUGUGUGUCCGCAGCGGCACGCGGGGGUUCUGCGGGGCUCCAGUGUCAGGCGUGUCUCAAGGUUUACAAGAACAAGCUGACGCUGACAAGGCAUCAGAGGUACGAGUGCGGUGACAAGAGACCCUUCGCCUGCCCUUUGUGUACCUACAGCGCCAAGCAGAAGUUCCAGGUGAAGCUGCACAUCAAGAAGAAACACAAGGAGUUCUGCUAUCCUGAUCCAACAUCUUCGGACUCUGAUCACAGCCUGACUCGGUGAACUGAUGGAUGUCGUACCGUGCCUGACAGGAAGUCGAUCGAUCUUGAUCGAACUCAUCCAGAAUUUUAUACUGUACAAGUGUGACUAAAUAGUAUGUUUUCUUUUACAGCGUUACAUAAAACUCUGAAUUGGUCAUUUUGACCACUUGAAAAUUCUUAGUGGAAAGUUCUUAAAAGGCAAAACAGAGACGGUUGAAGAAGGUUUUCAAAUGGGAAGAAAUCUUUUGAGAAGUCACUCAAUCAAUUUAAUUGCAAGAAUAUGAAUUGGGCUGUUGUAAGAGCAUCGUUGAAACUUAGUAAAACUUUUUAUAUGUAAGAUUAAGGAUAAUAUUGCUCUGAUCUGUUUCUUCGGCCCCUAAUCACAGUAUUAGAUACUUAGUGAGUAAAAUUAGAUUUGGAUGUAAAGCUUUAAGUGUAAUUUAAGCACAUAUACAAUAAAAAGGAUUUAAUAUUGUAAAAAUAAUAUACAUAAAAUGAUUUUUUCAAGUUUGUCUGUAAGAAAUGAAAUAGCGGGACCUUUCUUACAAAAUAAUUCAAGAGCCAUUAUGUUGGGGUUUUUUCCAAUCACUGCUUUUUUCACCUAAGUACACAUUCAUACUUCACGCGAUAAUACACAAUAAAAACGGAAUGCCUGAAUGGAUUUCACAAAUUAAAACUUUGCUCGAACUAAAAUUCUUACCCAAUGCAAUACAUUUCUUUACAUUUAAAAGCAACAACAAAUUUGUUUUACAUUUCUUGUUGUUCAUUGAGCACUACUGAAAAAUAAAAAAACCCUUACACCUUUUCAGAGUAUGCUAGUUUAUUAUAUUAUUUGUAAAUAAAUAAACUACUAGAAUUCUUAUAAAUUUCCAACUGAAAAUGUUUUAAUAUAUUUAAAUCACAUGGAUAUUAGAGUAUAUUAUACUUCCGCAUGUAUGUAAACUCGGAUGUAAUUUUUAUGUAGUAUUCAAGUGACAGUACAUUAUCAACUCUACUACUGUAAUAAAUACAAAUAAACAAAGUAGUAAUAAAAUAGAUACAGUAUAUAUUUGUUUUUGUACAAAGUACAACAUACAAGACACCAUAUUAAAUGUGCUGUAAGUUGGAAAUAAAUUUGUCCUAGUUCAAGGUAACAAUAUUCUUUGUUAUGUUGUAUAUACUUGUACAUAAUUUCGUACACUGAACUGUAUGUUUUUAUAUGAAGUAAUCUCAAGAAUUGUAAAUACUGUAUUUAUAAAGUUUAAGUAAAACAGUGAGCGAAUGAAGUAAAAUAAAUCACACAGACUCUUGA